CCUCUCUGACUUGUGUCAGCUCCACAGGCUGCCAGGUAUGCAGCAAAUGCUUCACACUCCUGGAAAGUAGACGGUGUGACCUACAGCUUUGCUGGGUCUCAAUUAAAAUAAAUAAAUCUUUUCUUUCCAAAACAGGAUUAUGGCAUAUAAGAUGCUUCAAGUAGCCCUGUGUUCAACAUUGCUUAUAGGAGCGUUGGGAGCACCAUUUUUGUUGGAGGAUCCCGCAAACCAGUUUCUACAUCUCAAAAGACACAUAUAUUUGCCGGAUUACUGGGACCCAGAUGGCAAUCCAAAUAUGUGGGGAAACACGCUGGCUGAUAAGGCUCAUGAAACAUGGACUGCUUUGAAAACAAUAGCACAAUAUUAUCUGAAUGUGAAUACCUUCACUUUUGACAUGUCCACUUCCCAGUAAAUGUGCUUUGAUGGUUAAACCAGGAGAGAAAAAAACGAUGGGAGUCAACACGGCAAUGCAACCAAACCGUGGGCUUUGGAGACAUGGAGGCAAAUCUCUGCCACUUACAAGAUUACUUAAUAUGUCUGUCUCAUGGAACUGUUGAAAGGAGUAAAUAUAAAAAUCCAUCUAGAGACCUAGAAUUAGAAGUUCUCAGUAAAUUCUAGAUCUUAAGAUGAGAACUAAAAUAAAGACAAUAGUACUAACAUUGAUUAAAAAAGGGCUCUUCUGGAAAAGGAAACCAAAAGCAAAAAAGUAGUGCCAUUAAAACUCACUGUUGAUAGCUUACUUUCUUUUGCUUCCUUUUUGAGAGAGUUAAUUCGCUUUUUAAUUAAAAGAAGAAGAGGGGUGCCUGGGUGGCUCAGUUGGUUGAGCAUCCAACUCUUGAUUUUGGCUCAGGUCAUGAUCCCACGGUUUGUGUUGGGCUCUGCACUGAGAGCACAGAGCCUGCUUGGGAUUCUCUCUGCCCACUCCUGCUCCUGUGUAUGUGCAUGUGCUCUCUCUCU